CUUAAACAACGCUAGGGAAAACGCUGAAGUCCUUCACAGACGAAAACGAAAGCAACAUGAUUGCAUGAGAUGAGUAAUCACGAUGGUUGUAACUUGCAAUUUAUCCUUCAGUUGAUAUUAAUCUACACCAGCAAUUUUUCGAAAACAAUAUUCGCUCGCGAUUUCAUCAGCAGGCACAAGGAUCUAAAUCUUGAGAGCAUCCGUAAACUGUUUCUCAUUCACAGGGAAAAAAACUGAUGGAUGUUCAUGAGAUGCGUGAGAACGUUACAUCGAAAAGGUCUAGUAAUAAAGAACGUCUGGAAUAAAUGAGAUUGAGCAACUGUAGAUGAUUAUUUAGCAAAAAUACUUCAUAGAGUGUUAACUGUUAUGACCGGGAUAUAUGAAUACAGUUGAUGUGGUUAUCUGCUAUCGCAUGACGUUUUGUGAUCUGGAUAGCUAACAUUCAAGAUUUUAUAAGAAGAUACAUCGCCAAGUGAUAGUUUAUAACCUUUCUCGACAUGAGCAGGUUAACGUUAGGGAGAAAUGCCUGGAUUGGAAUGGGCUUGGGGACCACAGCAGGUGCGGCCUUGGUAGUAUUUUUAAUAUAUAAGCAGACGAAAAGGAGACGAGCCCAGACCUUGUUUCAAAACCAGUCGUCUGAACACGUGUUAAAUAGCAUGGAUGGACCGAGUACAGAUAUAGUUGGAACACAAGUGCAUGAUGUACAAGUCUGUGAUAGCAUUCCAAACCUGACGGUGCCGUCCAGCGGUGUAAUGGUGGUGGAAGUGGACCCAGGCCUUUUGCCGGAGCAGCAGGUGGAGCUGAGGAACAGACUGGAUGAGGUGCUCCAGUGUGUAGCCAACCUGCGGGAAGAGGUGGCUGACCUGCGGGGUGGCCUGCAGGGCAUUGCUGGUCAGAUUGUCCAAGAUGUCAAGACUGGCAUAGAAGAGAGCCAGAAGGCAGCACGCCGACGAAGGCAUUUUCUGCCACGGGAACGCACAGACUCUGUUAGCUCCAGCUCCAUUUACUUCACAGCCAGCGGAGCCAGUCUGUAUGAUGGGGAGAGCGAGGGGGGGUACACCACAGCCAAUCCGGAGUCUGACUAUAACGGCGACACGGACAGGGACACAGACAGAGAGACGGACAAAGAGCCGGAGCGUGACACUGAGGAUGAGGACGAUGAGAGCUGUGCCACAGUGCAGACCUUGAAGCAGGACGAGCAGUCCCUGGGGGACGAUGACGAAGAUGAGGAGGAGGAGGAAGAGGAGGAGCCCUCUCUGCAGCUGGACAUGGAGGUCCUGACCGAAGAGCUGGCUCUUCUUCUGUCCCAGAGUGAUGCCCUGCAUGCUGGUGGCAGCCAGCAGAAAGAAGAGGGGUUUCAGAUGCUAAGCAGCAAUAAGCCCCUGUAUGGGGAGAAUAAGGAGUUUCAAUGGAGGCUGGCGCGUGCAUAUAAUGACAUGUAUGAAGUCACUGAGGACACAGAACAGAGGAAGCUGUAUGCUGAACAAGGGCGUGAUGAGGCCGAAGCGGCCCUGCAGAUGGACGACCUGAGCGCCGAAUGCCACAAGUGGUUUGCUGUUCUCACUGGUCUGACUUCUCACUACGAGGGCAUACAUGGUAAACUGAAAAGCAGCCACAUCUUCAAGGAGCAUAUAGAUAAAGCUAUCUCCCUGAAGGCCGAUGACCCCCUGUGCUUCUACCUGCUGGGUCGAUGGUGCUAUCAGGUCUCCUCCAUGGGCUGGCUGGAGAAGAAGGCUGCCACUGCCCUGUAUGAGUCUCCGCCCACUGCCACACUGCUCGACGCCUUGGAGAACUUCCUCAAGGCUGAAGAACUUAGCCCCGGCUUCUCGAGGGCAGCCAGGCUUUACAUUGCCAAGUGCCACAAGGACCUGGGGAACAUUUCGGAGGCCAGGACCUGGGCUGAGCUUGCCUUCAAGAUGCCGAAGAUCACCAAUGAAGAUGGAGAAGCCAGCAGUCUGGAAGAAGAGUUAGAACCCCUGAGGAACUGAGGAGCCCCACGAUUCAGGUGGGAAACAAUAGAGACCCUCCUCCGGGGGGGUUGCCUGGGAGGCCAGCAGAUGUGGAUCUCUAGCACGGAGGAGCCCCAAAAAUAUCUGAGCGUUUGCACUGAGACCUUUCUUUACUAAGUCGGGAGCAUUGCUGCACCAAAUGCUGUUUGACAUUCUCAUGCACUGUUAAACCCAGCACUGUACACCAACUUCCUUUCUCAUGUCAGACCAGCAGAACGCACUGACCCUCCUUUAUAUGUUAAUCCUACCAACAUCACACAACACCUCUCAAUCUAAAGCCUUGCACCACUAAUUAGACGUUAUGUCAUGUGAAACCGAGCACCACACGCCAACCAAGCAGUACAUAUCAACCAGUGACCGCUGUCUUUCAUCUGUCAUUCCUGAUAUGUCAGUGUGUGGGGAGGAUUCAUCAGCUGAGAUUGCAGUUCAUGCCGACCACAAAAGCAAACCUCACACUUGCAGUUAACCAUGUGGUUGUGGUUAGUUUCGUCUCUCAUUUCUGGAGAAUGGUUAUGCUGCUUGUCACGUGAGGGUAAUUUAAACGAAAAUCCACAGAAAUUUGCUUCUCAAAUGCAAUGACAAUGUGGUCAUGUAGUUUGGGGCAUUGCCGUAGAUAUAAAAUUUUGAAUGGGUUGUUGGAAGUCAUAAGACAUUUUUUUCAUAUUUUGGAUGGUGAGGUAUUCUGUAAUUGCAGAGGGAACUUAAAUCAGCCCACAAAAUGACACAUGCACUAAAUAUGUACAUUUUAUGGGUUUCAAAUGUGAGUAAUUUCAUUAUUUAUAUUUAUUUCCAAAAAUUCCAAAGUGCAUAUAUACAACUGUGAUGGCAUCUUGGUGAAAGAUUGAGUGACACACAAUCUGUCAACAUUUUAUAUGUAGGAACUGACCAAAGUUUAUUUUAGUUUUAUGCACAAUGUCAGCCCCAUAUUUUGAUAAAUAACUGAAUUAAUUGAAAGGGGCUUUGCUCUUGUUGUACCCUUCUCAUAAUAUCCACUGGAACAAUAUUAAUAGUGUUGCACAAUUCUCAAGGGUAUGACAUAAUUCCUGAGGGUUUUUAGAAAGAAGGGGAAAUAUUUUUCGGCAAACCAGAAUAACCAACAGCACAUCAUAGACCAAUUCUGGGUUACAUUAGUUGAAACAAAAAUAAAAAUAAUGACACUGUCCAUGUAGAUUAAGCACACAGUUGUUCUUUGUACAUGGAGACAUGCCCUGAUGACAGGGAAGAUGCGUUAAGUGGAAGUGUCAUACUUCAUAAACUGACAGUCUCCACGUGGUCCAAAAACAACAGCUAGUUCAACACGAGCACACCACACUACCAUGUGAGGGUUAGCACUGCUUCACGCACAUUGUUUCUGCUUCCUCUAGAGGAAUUAAAGUGUCUUUUCUUUCUGUCUGGCUCCUUUCAGCCAUUAUUUUUUAUGAAGUAAUUUUUCUCUUUUUGAAUGUUGAUUAUUUUUUCAUGGCAUAUUUUAUAUAUUAGGAUCGUGCUGUAAUUCGGCAAGAUUUAUGAGAAGUAUGAGAUGUUUUUUCGCUGUAUGCUCAACUAUGUGAUCACCUGUAUCCCACUGAACUUUAGUGUAGAAACCGCUUUUUAUGUUUCUUGUAUUGUUCUGUGUUUACUGAUUAGCGGUACUUUGUGUAACGUUACUCAACACUUUCAGAAUUUAAAUCCCCUUGGUUUAACUGGAAAAGCAAUUGUCUUUUUUCCACUGUUAGUAUUGUGCUAGCCGACAUUUUUUGGAAGACUUUUAAUAGCAAAUAGACAUUUUGGUAGUGUUUGUAUGGUACACACUAUAUUGCUGCUGUGUUAUGUAAGAGCAAGAACUUUUGUUUGUGGUUUAUGUCAUAAUUGCGGUGCAAUGUACAUGGCAUGAUGGCCUAAAAGUUGAUGGGUGUUAUCAUUUCUUUAUGUUUCAUUUUUGUCUAUGGUAUGUCUUAAAUCUAUUUAUUUUGAGUUAAUAUAUAUAGAUUUGCAUUCACAUUUUGAUAAAUAAUGUACUCUAUUUCCUUAAAAUAUAUAAUAUAUAGUGAUAUUCUUUAAAUACAAAAUUCAUGCAGGUAUAUAUCAGGUAUAUACUAGGAAUACAAAUUCACUUCAGGUGUAGUGCAGCCUAAUCCAUUGCUCUAUAGUGGGAUUAUUGCAUAAUGUAUUAACGUGAUAGUUGGAUGAGUAGCAGAGGGAAAUGUGUCCUGCUUGUUAGAUUGAGUGUUCCUGUUGCUAUGGUUAUGUACUCUUGGGCCUCUGUCUCACAUGGGCCUAGGUUUCCUAGUGCUCUUCAGAAUGUUAAAGUCAGAGCUGUGCUGACUCAUCAGGGGUGAAGUGCACCGAGCUGACUCCAUUUACACUAGUGUAACUGCUCAUGACAUCAUCGGUAAUACCAACAUAAGCCUGAUGUGGUAAGUAAAACCUCCUCAGUGCACCAAUGCAAACCGCAAGUUUGUUGAGUAAGGACUUGGCUGUGACUGAGUCAUUGACAGGUUCUUCAUUUUCAGUGUAUUCUGCUUGAUUUGUGAAAACUGUGUAAUUUACCAGUCAAUUAAAUUUCACUGACACCUUCAGUAAUAAUAUUUAUUUUCCCAAGCUCUAUAAAAACAGAAUCUUGAUAGAUCUUGGUUGGCACAGGCAUUCAGGAGUUUGUGGUCUAGAGCUCUUUGCAAAGAGCAUGGGGUUCCCUGGUGUCCUGGCUAAAUUCCCAACCCUGGCUCUUUCAAUCUGCCACCUGAUCAUUCCCUGAUUCAAUUGGCAAAAACAUUGAUCUCUCCCUCUCCACCUCAGCUGGUGUAUGGUGAGGGCUCUGGCUUAAAUGGCAGCUGUGCAUCACACAGGUGGGUGGUUGAGGCGAGUUUUCCCUGAUCACUGUAAGUGCUUUGAGUAUUCAGAAAAGCACUUACAAUAAAUGUAAUGAUCUGUCUACUGUUUCUAUCCAUCUAAAGCAGGGGUGUCAAACUCCAGUCCUGGAGGGCUGGUAUUCAUGGUUUCCUUUCAAUCAGCAGCCAAUUAAGGCCUUGAGAACAAGGUGUGUGGACUCUUUAGCCAAUGAAAGACUUUGAAAUUCAUCUCGUGCUGACACACACCAAAAACCAGCAAGCACUGCGGCCCUCCAGGACUGUAGUUUAACACCCCUCAUCUAAAACAAGAAAUGCAUUCAAACUCCAAAGCAGCGUGCACAGUAGUUUUGUUUCCAGAGGCUGCAUAUAUGAACAUAAUUGCUGGUACCUUUUCUCUUCUCAAGCAGUGCAAGAUCUUCACUGUCAAAGAUCCAUAUAGUGAAGGUGGUUCACUGUGCCAUAAUUUCCUGGAGCACAAUAGACUCAGGUUGCAUAAGGUAAUAUACAGAACACAUGUACAACCUCUGGAGGCAUAGUGUCACCUUGCAAGCUGCUUUGGAAUUUACUCAAAGUCCCCCCAUCUGUUUCUUUCACCCAUGAACUCCGCCAGCUAAUUUCACUAAUUACUUGUACCUCCUGGCUGAGGAAUUGUGCUACUCGGCAAAACCAGGUGACUGGUGACUUUUACUCUUUCAACCUGGAUUUUUCAUCUCUGAUGGUAAGUAGGAGCUCAACCAUCUGUUGAGCCUAGCCCAUGGUCUGACAAUGGCAGUGGACAUUGUAGAUGCAGAGGAAAAGUGUUCCAAUGAUUAGAAAUAUCCAUGGCAACAGUAACUGACACAUUCAUUGUGUCAUGUUAUAGCACACGUGUUUAUUGAUGUGGGAUACGGCAAUAUAACUGCUGCUGAACCUGACUUGAUGGAAUGAAAUUAGGAACAGUUGUGUUCUAUGGCAAAUUUUGUCAUUUGGAAUGUACUCGUAAAAACCUAGCCCUGUUUAAAUAUGGAAAUACAUGUUUAAAGUAUAGAAAAUGAAGAAUGAAAGAUUAGGAUGAAGGUAAUACUAAAAAUGUUGUGUAAUAAUAAAAAAUAUAUAUUUACAUUAACAAUAACCAAUAUGUAAAUGAAACAAUUGCAUACAGGUGCAUAGUUUCAAACCUCAGAUUACUUGUACUGAAACCUCUCUGUGACAAUGGAUUGUUUACAUGUCCAAUUCCAUUCUCUGAUGUCUCACAUAUGUUCCAUGACCUUAGUUAUUCUUUGGUUCAGGUAUCAGGAUUUCUGUAUGCAAAAUCUGCAUUCCAUGCGUGUUUUUACAUGCAUUAUAGGGAUCAAGAGAAUGUGAAUGUUUUGUGCAUAUGAAUUUAGAUUUUAGAUUGAUUUUAUUUUAUUUUAGAUUGAAUAUCUUUUUUUAACUAUAACUAUAACCUUCUCCCUAAACCCUGAAGCAAUAGACUUUUGAAGUGUGCCUGCUGCCUGGUUUUAUGUGAAUAUUUGUGGUCAAAAAAUUCUGUAGUAAUAGUAAGAAUUGUAGUUGGCGAGUAGAACAACUUGUGCGGUCUUCGGAUAUCUCAUUAUGAUUGACUGUGAUAGGGUGCUGUCAAGUCCCCAUUUCUUCAAAUACAGUAUGCCUCCUUAAUUAGAAAUAUUUGAUGGUAUGAAAUGUUCUGAAACUAUAUAAUGUUUCCUUGUCAUUCGAAAAUUCACACAGAAAAGAGUUUACUGCUUGUGUAGAAUUGGUUCACAAGAAAAUUCACAUUCACUUUAAAAACCCUUUGUUGCUAUCAGGUUGUAACUUUAGCAAAUGCUGAAAAAUUAAGGUUGCUAGAUACAACAGAAGUUGUAAGUCUGUGUUGGUAUAUUUACUCUUAUUCCCCUGGUUGAAUUCAAGUACCUCCUGUGUUUAGAGUGUGGUUGAAGUGAAAAUCUACUGUAAUAACCCCAAAAUAAAUAUGGAUAAACCUCUCCACAUGAAA